CUAUGCUCUCAUCAAGGUUCUUGAAAAGCGAAGUGCAGUUUUCCACACAUCAAAACGUACUUGUGCAGUAGUUAUCUAGCAUAUCAUCAAGGCGAAGAAAAAUACGUAAGAAGUAUUAAAACCGCGGUACUACUCCAACUUUUUCCUGUUCUUAAAAUCAGCGCGCAAUACACAAGAACUACAUUUUCGAGUUUAUCUUUAUACACAACUACAUUUUCGGGAUGAUCUUCCGAGCCUCCGUAUUGGCGUUCCACGUGCACAAGCGGUCGCACCUCAACCCGGAAGCCGAACAAAACAGCGGGUUUGUGCAAGCCCAGCGGCCGCCGCACCUGGCGCCGCUGGCCCCGGAUUACGCGACCGCGCAGUGGACGCAGGGGGCGGCGUCGCAGCACCCGCGCUGGGACAUCCUGGCGUCGUCCAUGUUGCAGAAAAAAUUGCAGUUGAAGAAGAAGAAAACGGAAACGAAAAAGCAGCAGCUCGCGGAACAAGUCGCGAAGCAGCAGCAGCAGGAGAAGAUGGCGAAGACGCAGGAAAUAUCAAAUGCAAAAAUAUCUGGGUCUGGAAACUUUCCUAGAUUUGUUAUGCAGAUUCUCCAUGAUCCAUGAUGUCUGUGAUGCAUGCCGUAGCGUCACAGUUUUUUUGAGGGGUUCUUGAUGCCUAUUCCGCAUGACAAAUACCCCCACUACCGCGUAGCAAAAGUUACAUUCCCUUUGCUGCUCAUGCAACACAAAUUUUUUUGGAAUCCAAACGCAGCAUCACAAGUUGCUUGUUCCAGACCCAGACAUAUUUGCAAUGCAUAGGAAAUGAAGCAGCAAGUGCAGGAAAAGCCGGCCCCGUUGGAAAACGACCCGGGGAGCACCAGCAACCAAGCGCCGAUAUCAAGUGCAAAAAAAGUAAUUGUAAAGCUGUAAACGCAAGAACAAAUUUAUUUUCGCAUGGAUAACAUGCAUGACAGAUUUGUUGUCAGAUGAAAAGUCUGCAUCACAGAUUUUGGAUGAAGUCAAGAAGUCGUCCGCAAAUUGCUCCAGCUGGUGUGCGAUACUUUAUACUCUUGUACUGCAUAUCCCGCUUCCGUGCCAGGCGAGUGGUGCGGCUGCUGCUGCUAUGCAUUGCAAAUAUGUCUGGGUCUGGAGGGUUGCAACUUGUCAUGCUAAAUCUGAAUCAUGCAAAACAUUUGUGUUGCAUGAUUACCAACAGCCGCCCUUUUUUACCAAGUUGAGAAGGAAUUUCUCAUGCAGGAUAGGCUUGAAAGAGAUCUCACAGAAUCUGUCAUGCUAGGCGCUGCAUUUCAGAAAUCAUGGGUUAUGGAAAACCUGCAUGACUCCAGACUCAGACACUUUUGCACUCGAUAGCUGCGGCGGGGAAACGCCGAACCUGCAGGCGAAGCUGUCGACUAGUUCGAGCUCCUCCUCCUCCUCUUCUUUUCUCUCGGCUCACUAA